UCUGAGCAACACUUCAAGUUCAGAAGAUUUGAACAGGCUGCUAAAGACAUGUGGAACUACAGACAUGACUGCCGUUUCCAGACCAGACUGCGUCACUGGAACAAGAACAUGCUACCUGAUGAAAAGCCCAAUUUAGGGUUCUACCUUGGACAGAGGCCUUCUUUGCCAGAUGGUGUCUACAUACAUGAGUUCCACAAUCACUGGAAAGGAAGCUACGACAUGCUGGAGCGUGUGCACACUUUCAUUCAGUGGUUGUUCCCUCUGCCAGAGGAAGGCAUGAACCCGGAGGCCUGGCCACUGACAAAAGAAGAAAUAAAGGAUUUCUGUGACAGUGACACUGCAAAGAAGAACCUGCUUCAGUCCUACAAGCUCAUGUUAGACUUCUAUGGCUUGAAGUUGUGUGAUGAAAAGACUGGAGAAAUCAAGAGAGCCUCAAACUGGGAAGACCGAUUCUACAACCUGAACAAUCACACUCAUAACAACCUGCGCAUCACCCGCAUCCUGAAGUGCCUGGGUAUCCUGGGGUUUCCACAUUUCCAAACUCCCCUGGUCCAGUUAUUUCUGAAGGAGACUCUAAUCCACGGAGAACUUCCAAGUGUCAAGGACAGUGUCCUCAACUACUUUGUGUUUGCUGUCCGGGACAAGAAGCAACGCAGGGACCUCAUCCAGUUUGCAUAUUCAAACUACAAGCCCAAAGAUGAGUUUGUGUGGUGCCCAAGGAGAAUCCAGAUGAAGUGGCUGAGAAUGGAUGCCGUCAAGACCAGUUAUGAGCUCAAGUCUGAGCUUAGACACCAGAGAUGAAGCAAAUGAAGCUGUAAAAGGAGAAUCUGUCUGAACAUCUGGUAACGAUGACGGAAACCUGAACCCCUGAUGAGUAAUGACUGCAUUCAGUCACCUUUCUCUAAUGUUAAAAAAACCCCUCAUUUAGUCACUUGUCCACAUCAUAAACCACUUUAUUUACGACCCCUUUCAAAACAGAGUUACUCAGGGCUUUAUCAACUGCUUGAUAUAAAUAUGUUCACAUUUAUUUAUACAUACAUAUAUAUUUACAUAUAUAUAUAUAUAUCCAUCUUGUUCCAACUGGUGCUCGAACCCGGGACUCCUUGCUGCCCCCUAAAUAUAUUAAUACAAAAAUAUAACUAAAUUCUCCCCAUGAAAUGACUUACUUAGAAUAACUUUACUUUUUAGUGAGAAGUGAGAAAAAAGAGCCAGGCUCCUGAUUUUUUCUCUUUAUCCCUCUAAAUUGAGUGAUUAUUUUGGUGUUAUUGCGAUGAUCAAUAAAAUCACAUUUCAUGUCAUUCCUUAAAUGUUGGACGCUGUCAUUAGGAUAACACUGACAUGUUCAUUAAGUUAAAUGUUAGUGAGAGAAAGUUAAUAUGCUGUGUGUGAGUCAGUUGUGAUUCUCACGAGUUCAGAAACAGUUAAUGGUGGUUUGUGUUAUUUUGUGAUGAUCAACUCAUAUUUUUUGUAUUCAAUUUGAUUUCUGGGACUCAAGUUAUAUUUAUCCACUCCCUUUUUUGUUGUGCAUUAUUUUCCAAUGGAUACGUUUUACACUAAGGUUGGAGCUGCUGUGCUAUGACGUGGUGGAAAUGGUAUUUUCUGUGAUCGAUACAAUUGUAUGAUGACUGUCUACUGUGGUCAUAGAGUUCUUAUUCUUGCAUUUAUUCUGUUCACUUUUAUUAUUUCAAAUGCUUUAAAACAGUACAGUUCUUUUGAAGCUGAAAUGAACGAAGGAAGGAAAUGAAACUGAAAAUUGUCAGAAAUAAAAUUUCCAACAAACA